AUGGAACUGGGCCAGAGCCCAGUAGCUGGGCUCAAGCAAUACGACAAGGGCUGGGCCGAUCAAUUCUACGCGUUGUACCCCGCUGGUACGGAGCUUUUAACGGACACUACCAAGCUGCACUUGGAAACCGCUUCGAAGUUGAAGAGUGAGGUCCGUUUGAGUACUGCAUCAUGGCGAAACACUUCGAGCGUCAAGGGAAGUCGUCAUAUGCUUAUCAUGCGGUAUGAUGCUCACAUGCAUGCAUAUGAUGCCUAA